AUGAAAGAUGAAGAAGAGUUUGCCCUUGAGUGGCUUGAAACCAAGGAUCUGAAUGAAGCUCUACGUCUUGAAAAGAUAAGACGUGUGUUCUCUUACAAAAUAACGAAUCGUACUCUCGGAAAGGAUAAAGCUCUUAUUUGCAUUGAGCUCAACAAACCCCCCUUGGAUCCGGCAUUUGAGGAAGAGAUGAAGGAAGUUCGCUAUGCCUUGUUAAUUUCCAAAGUCAAAACCAUCCUGGAGAAAGAACAUCAAAAUGAUCCUAACUGCAGUGUCAGUGGCUUGAAAGAUGAUCAAGGCCAAGAGAUUGACACGACCGAAGAUGAAGAAGACGAAGACAGAGAUGAUGAUGUCGAGGAUGUAGACGACGAGAACGGUGACAAUGAUGAUGACAAUAAUGAUGAUGACAAUAAUGAUGAUGACAAUGAUAGUAACAAUGGAGCAAAUCUAAUGUAUGACAGUCCAUCUCCUCUCUUGGUAGGUCCUGCUUAUGACACUGUUCCCGAAAGAUCUCCAGCUCAGAAAUCACCGUCCGAAAGUGAUGGCACAAGGGAAGCAUCACACCAAGAUGAAGACGUUUCAACUACUCAGCCUGAAGAUCUGUCUCGAGCUCUCGUUCCACAUGUUCGGCCCAUGAACGAAACUCCAAUAAAACGAGAGGAAGCAGUUGUACAUGAGGAUAAACUGGAAGCCUCCCCAAUUCUUCUAAGUUCGAGCAGUGGUGGCAAAAAGGAUGCCCCACUUCAAGGAGACAAGUUGAAACCCCACAAACAAAUAUUGAAGAAGACUCCCCUCCUGUAUCUCCACGAGUAG